AUUUGACUGAAAAGUGGUUGUGUCACGCCUUCUCUGUUUAAACCAUGAGGCAGGUUUACAUCGUCACUCGACCCCGUGUCUCGGAUACAAACGCUUGGCCUGCACUGAAGCUGUAUAUUUUUUAGUAGUUGCGCAACUCAACAGUUCAGAGAGCUAUGGGAACCGGAGUAUGAAGUAGUGAUAUUCUGCUCUGUUCUGAAGAUGUAAUGGCAAAAGAAAAACUUCCUCUUUUAAUGCUCUGUGGCGAUUGUAGGCUCAACUGAAGUCGCGUUUAUUUUUUAUUUUUUUCUCUCACAAAAACCUGGGAAUAUUUGAGUGACAAGGUCUCAGAAGGAAGCGCGCAGUCAGUGGCUAGGUGGGACUGACUUUUCAAGCAGGAAUGGCCACUGCACGGCUUGAUUACGUUGCCCCGUGGUGGACAUACUGGCUGCACAAUUUCCCUCACUUCAAUUUCUUUUUCCAGUCGAUUGACAACACUUUUAAACCGGAGGAGGCGAGCUAUCAGCAGUCUCUAGUAUGUCUAGCAUGUGUUGGUGCCGUGGGUCUGGGUCUGAGCUUGUUGGUUCUGGCAGUAUGCCUGGUCUGCAUGUGUUGCUGCCGCAGAGACAUAGAUGAAGAAACCAAAAGGCCUGAUGCCUGCUGUCUCACCUGGACUGCUAUCAUCACAGGUCUCAUGAUAUGUUCCGCUGUGGGAGUGGGUUUCUAUGGAAACAGUGAGACCAACGAUGGGGUGUACCAGCUGACCUACUCGCUCUACAAUGCCAAUCACACAUUGGGUGGCAUCAACAAUCUGGUUGCAGGAUCUCUUGGCAAUGUUCAAACUGGACUCAAGCAGCACCUGGAAAGACUGGAUGAAAUCUUUGCCACAAGGAUGGACUACCUCCAAGCUCUGCGCUUCAUGCAGCUGAUGGUCAACAACGUCAUCCGCGAGAUGACGACUCUGCCGGAUAUCAACAAAGCCAACGUAGACUUGGCAACCUUUGCUGACCAGACAGCCCUUGUUGAGUAUUACAGAUGGCUGACCUAUCUGCUGCUGCUGAUCCUGGAUCUGGUCAUCUGCUUGGCCAUGUGCUUGGGGAUUGCCAAGCAGUCUCGAUGGCUGAUCGUAACGAUCAUGGCUUUUGUAGUGCUGUCUAUGAUCCUCAGCUGGGCCUCACUGGGAGCGGGCACUGCAACAGCUGUGGCCACCAGUGACUUUUGUGUGUCUCCAGACAAGUUUAUUGUUAACCAAACCAAGGAUGUUCUCACUGCAGAUGUUGCACACUAUUAUUUAUUCUGCAGCCCAAAUCUACCAAACCCCUUCCAACAGUCUUUGACAGUGUGCCAGCGUUCUUUGACCACCAUGCAAAUACAGAUCCAGGGCUUGCUGCAGUUCUCGGUGCCCGUCUUCCCCACUGCUGAGAGAGACCUUUUGGGGAUCCAGCGACUGCUGAACUCCACCGAGUUCAGUCUACACCAGCUAACAGCCUUGCUCGACUGCCGUGGGCUACAUAAGGACUAUCUGGAUGCCCUAAUGGGUGUGUGCUAUGAUGGGGUGGAAGGGCUCCUCUACCUCUCUUUGUUUUCUCUGCUGGCUGGCUGCGCACUCUCUGCCAUGCUGUGUGCAAUUUUCAGAGUGUGGACACUAAUGGGCAGCAGGGACAAAGAGUAUGACGACAUAGAUGAGGAGGACCCAUUCAACCCCCAAUCGCGCCGGAUAUCCUACAACCCUAGAAGGUCCAACAUCCACAGUUUCUGUAGCUAUACCAGCAGCAUUGGUAGCCAGGGCAGCCUUCAGCCACCUCCGCAAUCUGCCUCUAAUGUCAUGCCACCUCCUGAAUACAUGAAUCAGUCCAUGCUGUUUGGAGGGAGUCCUCGAUAUGAGAACGCACCGCUAAUAGGGAGAGGAUCCCCACCUCCCUCGACUUUUAAACACCUACUCGCCCAGUAUGAGGACCACCUAUCUAUCUAUGACUGACGCCCAGGUUAGACACUUUGGGACUGAGUUCCAGGUGUAGCCUGCUAUCCUACAGAAUCCUUUUCAGAGAAGCACCGUCUGAGAUUAUGGGUUCUUACCAAGGAGGCUGUCUUCAUGGCGUAAUCCUGUUUACUGACGCUGCAGACCGCCGUCCCAAUAUGAGACAUGAAAGCAGGCUAUAUGAGGCAAUUACCUCAGUAACACACUAAUGCAGUGCACUAAAAAGCCCUGCAGGCAGUUUUGAACACAGACAACCUGUCCAGGUUCAUCUCAAGACUGUUGUUGAUGUUGUCCUGAUGUAUGGAAACACUGUUGCUCCAAUAUAAGCAUUUCUAUGAGCCAAAUCAAUUCUUUGAACUGAUUGGAUGAAAAACUGCUUUUCGCUUUUUCUUGUAUUCUGGUGGUCUGCAUGGAUAUCAUCACUACGGUCAGCAUUUUGAUGGCUGAAUAUGACCCAUAGACCUUCCAUUAUGGCUUUUUGAUUUUUUUCAAAAUCCCUACUCUUUGGCAUUCACGUAAUACCUUCAUAUUUUAGGCCUUUGUGUCAUUUUUAAUGGUGAUAAAUGAAGUGAAAAACCAUAUGUUUAACCUUUCUAAAUAAUAGCACACAAUGAAAGCCAUACCAAAUAGUGUGGUUUUGUUGCAAAGGGCCAAAGAUGCUACUAAAUUGAUAUGUGUGAUCAAUUUAAUUUGUUUUCUCUCAAGGUAACUGCCCCUUGGUUUAAGCAUCUCAUUGUUCUGAUUUACCUGCUGACCAGGGAGGAGUCAAAUAGCCAAUAGAUGGGGGUUUUAUUAUUGUUUUGCUACAUUUGCAGACCAUAUAGCAGUUGCAUGUGGGUUAAUUCCCCUGGACUACAUAAGCACAACAUAAUGGGGUUAUAAUAAAUCACUGUGCUGUGACACAGCUGGUAAAAGAUGGACUGAAUAUGCAGGAAAUUAAGCUCAACAUCUACUCAGCUCCAUCUAUCCUCAGUAUCUUGUGAAUGAGAAAUUGUUCUCUUUAGUGUUUGAGAAAUCUGCUGUUUUCUGUGUUGGAUAAUGUAUCAAACCAAACCAAUGUUUGACCAUAAAUGCUGUAUUCAGA